AUGGCUACUUGUAUUUACCUUAAACAUGAAUUGUUCUAUAAAAUUCAAAAGAGAAAAAUUGGAUUUCAUCUAUUUUAAAAAAAAUAGUUUUAGUAGCAAUGUAACAUCCUUAAAUCUAGUGCAAUAUUCUAAAAUUCUUAUAUUAUUUUUUGACAAGAGAUUGUAAAUGAAUAAAAUAAAGAAUCUAGUAAUCUAGUAAUAGGAAAUCAAAAAUUAACUAUCUAUACAUCAACUAAUCCUUAGAAUGAUUGCCAAUAUUAAUAUGAGAAUUUAUAAAAUGGUGAUACAAAUUAAAUGGAGAUUUAUAAAUUUGGUUUAUAAAAGAAAAUGGUAAAAAAUGUUAAAUUAAAUUUUUAGAUGAUGAGAUAUGGUAAACAUUCUAUGAAAAAAUUAAAGAAGGUACAUUAUAACUAUAUCAGCAUAUAUAGUAUAAUUAUUUGAGUUGUCAAAUAGUUUUGUUUCAAAUUAAGAUAUAAUUUUUGGAAGAUGUGAUUGUAAAAAUAGAACUCUAAUUUAAUAGAUAAUGUAUCAUUAAUAUAAUUAUUAGGUAAUUUAAUUGAGAGUAGAGAAUUUAAACUUAUUAAGAUCUUGGUACAAAUAAUAAUAGUGA